AUGUCAGGCUGUGGGUUUGCAGCCAGGCUGCUGCAGAAGAGCGCUUUCUCGAAGGGUUCCUGCCAAGACCACUUGGGACCUCGGGCCAAGCCCAGGCAGCUUCGUGAAGGCCGGGCAACUGGAAGCGAGUUCUGCCAGGGGUUUCCAGGCAAAUCUCAUGAGCAUUCUGCCCAAAUCGACAUCGAUUUGGACAGAAAGCUCAUGAGAAUUGGCUGGUGUUGCAUGGCAUUUCGGGCCGCGCUCCGGGUCCGGGAUGAGAGUGUCAAGAGCGUCAUCUACCGGCCCCAACCCGAGGGACAUCUGGACCGGGAGCCUUAUAUCUUGGACCUUCUCCUCUUUGAAGCUCCCCCUCCUUACCCUCCAGUACCAGGUCCACAGCCCCUACCUCAUAUUCCUCCUCAACCGGGACUGGUGCCUUCUGAUCCGCCUUCCACCACCUCUGCACAGGUGCCGAACUCCUACGUCUCUCCUUCCGGACCAGCCCAUGGCACCCGUAGCCGCAGGGCCCGGGCUGAUAAUGAUCAAGGUCCUGAGGCGGAGGCAGUCGUGCUCCCGCUCAGACCAUACGGCCCAGACAUUCCAAAUGGGCAAGGGGGCCACAUGCCGGCCCUCCAGUACAGGCCUUUCUCCUCCUCUGAUCUCUAUAACUGGAAAAAUAACAACCCUCCUUUCUCUGAGGACCCUGCCCGCAUAACAGAUCUAAUUACCUCUCUACUGAACUCCCAUCAGCCCACAUGGGACGACUGCCAGCAGCUGCUCUUAGUCCUCCUCACCUCUGAGGAGAAAGAAAAUGUCCUCCUGAAUGCCCGAAAGAAUGUGCCUGGCCCUGGAGGGCAAGCUACCCAGCUUCCUAAUCUGAUUGAUGAAUAUUCACCUCUGACGCGCCCUGACUGGGAUCCUAAUCUGCCUGAAGGUAGGAGACACCUCGAAAUCUAUUGCCAGACUCUAGCGGCGGGUCUCAGGGCAGCCGGCGGAAAGCCCACUAAUUUGGCUAAGGUAAGAGGUGUGAUCCCUGGCCACUCUCUAUUUCUAGAGAGGAUUCUUGAUGCCUACCGGAGGUAAACUCCCUUUGACUCUCAGUCAGAGCAACAGCAGGCGUCAAUAGCCAUGGCUUUCAUUGGGCAGUCUGCAGUAGACAUAAGAAGGAAGCUGCAGAAGCUGAAGGGGUUACAAGAAUUAACUAUUAGAGAUUUGGUCAGAGAAGCUAACAAAAUUUUUAAUAAAAGGGAAACAGAGGAGGAGAAAGAGGAAAGGAAGGAAACAGAAAGGUUGAGGUCUUCUCGACCCUAA